UUCAGUGAUUUACUUAAUGUUCAGCUCAUUGUGACAUGUAAGUUGUUAAUCAUUUUCAGGUAUAUCACAAAAAUGUAAAUGUUCUUUUGCAUUUGUUUUGCUUUUGAUUGCUUGUAAUUCAGAAUUUUACCUUCAAGGAAACGCAUGAUGCAGGAGGUUAACACUAUGCAAACAUUGUUUUUUUUGCUAUAAUUUUUUCUUAUGUUAUAAACGUUUGUCAGUCAAUAAGCCUUAUAACGUGCGUGAAACGAUACUUUUUACAUUUAAAAAAGAACGUGUCUUACAGAUCAAUACACAUAGCUUAUCAACGAGCUUUUGCAUAAUUUUUUCUCCGCCUCAAUCUUAAGCUUUUUUUCUGCCGCAUACCAGAAUAAUUAUCAUGCCGCCCAAACGAAAAGCGUCAGGUAAAAAAUCAGCAGCACCUAAGCCUGCCAAAAUAGUCAAACAAGACAGUGUGAAGUUAAACAUAGCAGCAGCCACCAAAGCCCUGCAGGGGAAGAAAAAACAGGAAAGGAAGAAAAGAGCCGUGGACAAACACGUGAUCUGUUCAUACAAUCUAGAAGUGCAUGAAGAUUAUGACUGCAUGUUGAAUCAGACCAAUAUAGGCCACAAUAACAACAAGUACUACGUCAUACAACUGCUGAAAACAACGAACAACAAGAACCAAUUGUUUUUCGUAUGGAACAGAUGGGGUAGAGUUGGGGAAGUCGGAGCAAACCAGCUGCACGGGCCUUUUUCUAAUUUAGAAGAUGCGGUGAAGAAUUUCGAGAAGAAGUUCCUGGACAAAACCAGGAACAAUUGGGCGAACAGGGACAAAUUCCAGGCAAUGGCUGGGAAGUAUGCUCUGCUGGAAAUGGGCGAUGAAGAGGAAGACGAGGAAGAGGAAGAAACAGAAGAGAAGACUCCGAAAGGAAAAGAUGCCGGAAAGGGGGCUCAUAAUGGCAGCUGCGGCCUCGACAAAGAAGUUCAGUCGCUUCUGGAACAGAUCUUCGACAAUGACAUGUUUAAGCAUCAGAUGACAAAGAUGAAUCUGAAUGUGACAAGAAUGCCUCUAGGAAAAUUAAGCAAGCAGCAGAUUGCCAAAGGAUUCGAGGCACUAGACAAAAUAGACGCAGCCCUGAAGAAGAAGGCUAAUAGUGUAGUGUUGAAGCAGCUGUCCAGUGACUUCUUCACAGUCAUUCCACAUGACUUCGGCCGACAGGUGCCCCCAGUGAUUAGCACAAGAGAACAGCUGAGGGAAAAACUGGACAUGCUCCUAGUAUUAGGAGACAUCCAGGAAGCGCAAGAGAUGAAGAAAGCACAGGAGAAGAAAAAGGGCGAAAAACACCCGAUGGAGGCCAAGUAUGAGUCAUUAGGGUGCACGGUGAAGAAAGUGCAGCCGAGUUCAAAGGAGUUCAAAGUGGUGGAGACAUUCCUUAAUAACACAGGUCCAGGCCAUGUUCCGAAGCUAAGGAAUCUGUUCCAAAUUGACAGGGUUGGCGAGGACGCCAGAAUUCAGAAGCACAAAAACGUGAAGUUUCGCAAGCUGCUGUGGCACGGUACCUCGCCUGCAGUGGUGGCAGCUAUUCUCAAGUCGGGACUGAGGAUCAUGCCGCACUCUGGAGGACUAGUGGGCAAGGGAAUCUACUUUGCAAGCGCCCACGCCAAAUCCUACUGCUACACGGGACGAACCAGCAACCACGUGGGCUUUAUGUUUCUGAAUGAAGUGGUUCUUGGAAAACAGAAAGAGAUCUACCAGAUUGACACAUCUCUAACUGCAGCGCCUCCCGGCUACGACAGUGUACUGGCCAAAGGCAGACAGGAGCCGGACCCGAAGUUUGACGAGAAGCUUAAAUUUGACGAUUGUGACAUCAUAGUCCCAAUUGGGAAGCCGAAACAGGAUUGUAUAAACACUUCAUUCGGCUACAGCGAAUACUUGGUUUACAAAGAGAGCCAAGUGAGAAUGCGGUACUUGUGCGAGUUGGUCUGCAAAUGAAUAGUUCAGAAAAACGAAUAUAUAUAUAUACUUUUAACACUGACUCAAAUAACCUUAAACUUCCUUCUUCACCAAAACUUCAUUGAUGUGAUUUAUAUCCAAUAUCAGUUUUAAUAGAUGCACAAU